GGCGAAGAAGAUUGUUUUCAAAAUGGAACUUGCUGUGUGAUCAUCGGCAAGCUAAUUUUCUUGAUAAAUUUCUACUUGCCAGGACUUAGUUUUGCGAAAUCAAUAAUGAGCGACGAUGAAUCAAAUAUUUUCAAAGCUGAAGAAGUCAUCAAGUUUUUAGAAAAUGGAGGUAAGCGAAUGUCUAAUAUCACAUUUUUAUUGGUAUGUAAUUUAAAGUGUUAAUUUUUAUCUUAACAUCAGCUGAGUUUUGUUUCUAGAUCCGAAAGUCGAGACUUCCCUAGCAGUUGAAAGGAUUGAAAGUGUUGCUCAUAGCGAUGGUCUUCCACCUGAUCAACUUGUGAAUUUAGUCAAGAUAGCCACUAGUGGAAAAUAUGGUUAGUCAGAAUGAUCUGAAUCAGCUGGCUUGGAAUAAUUUGUUUACAUUUUCUUGUAAAGAAGAUAUUAUUUGCGUUUGUGUUGUAGUCUAUAAAUAAUAUUUUCAUCUUUCAAGGAAUUAUUUAACCUAGUUGGAUUUGAAUUUCCAAAUCAUCUGAAAAAUUGUUCCAGAUGAUUUACUUUAAUCCCCAAACAAAGCCAGCAGAAUACAGAUCAGACUUCUUCAAAGUAAUUUUUGAGAAAUCUGAGGUGAAUGGUAUAAUUGUUAUUACUUGUUAUCAUAUUACUUUACCACUGAAAGAAUACCUGAUCGUGCAGUAUCAAUAUUUUAAAUCCAUUUAAUUACUAGUUGAUAAUAACAAAAAUACUAUCAUGAUGAUUGGUUAAUAAUUUAUACCUAUUACAAAUCAAAGAUAUGAAUAAGAAAAAUAAAUCUGAAAAAAAAAAAUUUUUUGUUGAUGAUUUUAAGUUCUUACUUAGUAUUUAAUUUGUUUCAGAUGAUAGUAUUUCUUCAAGACUUGUCAGAUCCUUGAUUCCACAGAAAUCAGUUCCUAGUAUAACAGUCGUGAUCAUAGCCUCAAGGAUUUGUAAUAUCCAUCUAUCUAUGAGGAUAAAGGUACCAAAGAAAUAUGUACAUUUUAUGAUAAUAAAGUAACAAUUACAGUAAAUCCAUGCUUUAAUGGUGUAAACUAACGCUAAAAAAAUCAGCUUUAAAAAUUUGUUACCAUGGCUAAUUUACAAUAUUAACUCAGUUGGUAAAACCAAAUUAUCUUGUAUUUGACACUCCACCAACAGAUCACCACAGUUUCUUUAGAAACUUACUCUCUCUAUUCAAUUGACAGUUUGAUGAACAAAAAUUGGUUUUUAGGUGAUUUUGUAGUUUCUAACCUUUUUUAUGAAUAACUAGUAAUGUAUGCAUUAUUCUGACCUAUCUUUUAGAUUAUAGACUGUUAAAAUACCACUUAAUAUGCUAUUUAGUGGACAUUAUUUUUGAGCCCAGUCUUUACAAGUAUUUGUCCUCUAGAGUUUGUUAGUUCGAUGGAUUAUACUCAUCUUUAACUUCAUUGAUGAUCUGAAAGAUGUGCAUUCUCUCUAUGGAAUCUUCUUCCUCCUUUUGGAAAGUGAAACUUUGGUAAGCUUCACAGAAUUCUUGUACAAUAUAGUGCUAAACUGAUUAGUUUAUAACAGCUCAUUUGGCCGAUUUUCUGUCCUGUUCUGUAUUAUGAAGAGUUCUCUCUCUUCUCACUUGGGCUGCUCAGUUGUUAGAUAUAUCCUUGCCAUAGACUUAGGGCAGGUUCUCUUCAAAGAAUUUGGCAUCAUAGUUGCGUUUUGAUAGAAAGUUUACUUAGGUCCAGUCAGUAUUUGAUGGCAAGAACAUUUUGGCUAGGAAUAGCCUUUCAGCUGAAAUUUGAAUGGUAAAUACUUUCUUUUAGUAUGUUUUGAAAAUAUAAAUCAGUAAUGCAGAAUUUGAAAAAAAUGAUGAGUAAAAUAAUUUUUAAAUAUAAAUUUUGGUGUUUGAGGCAAAGCUAAAAUGUACCUGAUUCUUGCAUUCUCUGAUUUUGUUUCUUGAUGAAACUUAUUAAAAAUUUAUUAAAUUAAAAUGGACUUGUUUUCAGUGUCCUCACUUAUGCCAUCUCUUGUAUUAUCUGACAAGAAAGGAAGAUGGUAAGAUAUGGAAGAUAAAACUUAAUAUGAAUAUUAUGUUUAGAAAGUAGAUUUCUGUAGAAGUCUUUCCUGUUUUGAUGAAAUGCAAUACUUAAAUUUGUCUUGGUGUACAGAGUGAAAUAUCUGGCUUACUAUGACCAGAAUUGCAAGCAUUUAUUUUAAUCUUCAUAACAAAAUUGUUCAAGUAGAUCAAGAUAAUUUUGCCCACCUUUUACUCUAGUCUCAUGUUGAUAUUCAUCGUCUCAACACAUGUUUCACUGGAAAAUACACUUCUUAAGUUAUACAAACUGUAUACUGAUUCUUGAGUAUGUUGAUGAGACAUUUUCCCACUCUAGCGUGCUUUUUUGUGAAAAUUGUCAAUGAGAACAGUGAGAAAUAGAUUUUUGAAGUUCUCACCAUGAAUGUAAAGAAUCAAAAUAAUUGUUUGUUACAGUGGCUGCAUGAAAGGAAUUAUAGCUGUCUAUGGCCAUUAAGUCUUGUUUUUGGAGAAUAAAAUGUGUGAUAAUUUAAUACAUAUUAAACUAAUCUUUCUUAAUCUGUUUUAUUAGUAAAAAGAAAAUUACAUGAUGGCAUAAGGAAUGAAGAUACAAACUUUAAAUUCUCAUUUUUAAGAUCAGCAUUUUACUAACCCGCUGCCCUUGUUCCUAAAUAAUUGUUUUACACACUAAACAUAACUCAUUUCAGUAUCAUCUUUUUAAUCUAUCAAUGUCUUGAUUAGUGAAGAAUUUUAGGAUCAGAAAACUGCUGGAUCUACAAAAUCACAGGGUGAGUUUUUCAGCAUGGCAUAUCUGUAAUAAUAUAUAAAGUUUUUGUCAUAUAUUUGUGAAAUAACUGUGGUAUAUAUGAUAUUCUAUCCUCAGAUUUGAGAAUAUUAUGCUAAAUCAAACGACAUCCCUCAGUCAAUAUUUUUAUUACUUCUCAUUGCCUUCCUAGACUAAUCUGCUCAAAAGUGUAUUAAAAUAUUUCAUGGAGGAAUUCGUAAUGACUACUCUUCAGAGUAAAAAAGGUUAACAAUACAAUGAAAUUAAUUAUUCCUUACCAGCACAAAGACCUCAUAGCUGAUGUCAAAAUAUUAAAAGAACUGUUUUUGUUUCUUGUAUUCAGGGAGUGAAGCCUUAUCAGUCUGCCUUACUUUCUGUUUACAAGAUACAUUGUCAAAACCUUUUCACCAUGACAGCAACAGCUUCAACUAAGGUAUAUUUGGUUGAUUUAUAGAAGUUCUAAAGUUUACAUGUAUUUGCCCCUGUAAAGUACUUUUUAGGUGAGGGUUUUGUCUCACAAUUUUUCACACAUGACAACAAGAUGAUUGCCCACAAUUCAUGUUUAGAACACUCCUACACUCAUGCUUAUGGAAUUCACUGCAUUGUCCCGAAUUCUUUUCAUAGAGAUUAUGGUUCAAGGAAACCGAUGAAUCCUGGAAAGAGGCAAUCAAGAAAGUUCAGGUACCUAGUGAAAUGUUAAAAACCUUUAUUUGAAAAUAAAAUCGAAAGUUUUCAAUCCCAGAUUACGGACAAACAGACUGAUCACUCUUUUCAUUCGUUAAGCACCACAAACGCAUACGUAUUAAAGUAAUCUAUGUUUCCAGAUCAAAAACUAAAUGUGUUUGCUGAAGAAGCUAACUUCUUUGUUUUAGUGCUAACUAGCACCUGUUUGCUCCUUUUCCUUCACAGCUCAAAUAUAAUGCAAGAAAACCAGUGGAAAGUUUUUUUCUUCCAGUGAGGACAUCUAAGCGUGCUUCGGUGAGUAAAGUACCUCCCCCCCCUCCCCCCCGCCACAUAAACUGAAAACUUUACGGCCACUUGUACUGUGGAGUGCAACCUCAACCCCUACCCUCCUCCCCCCCCCCAAAAAAAAAAAAGCAGGAAUGCAAUGUAGCGCCCUUACUGAAUCAUAUCUUCGUCAGUUUUCAACAGAUCACUAUUGCUAAUUUAAAGAGCUCUUCCCAACAGUUUUAAUGAUGUUCUAAUAAUGAUGUUAAUCCAUGUCAAAAGUUGAAAACAAAAAAAAAAACGUGGAAUGUACUGUUUCUUGUUCACAUCAUUAUUACUAACAUUGAAACCUUGACUGUUGCAAACAAAAAGACUCACUCUAUACUUGUUAUCAUUCUCCGUGUGUCUUUUUUUUCAGUAUUUCUUCUGGUUUUUCUUUUCGUAAGAGAAAACUUCCGACCAAUGAAAACUGAAUCUUCCUACUUUAUUCCUGUAAAAAUUUCGCGAUUUGUACUUUCAGGUGACAAAGAGACGAAAACUUCCCGGAAACAUAAUUCCCGAACUACAGACUACCAAGAUAAAUGAAAAGAAAACUUCCAUCGAGCAGCUCUUUUCCUUUAAGGAUCUACUUGCAAACAUUGAAAAUAUAGAGGUAAACGAUUCACAUUUAAAAGUCAAAUAAAUGCCACUGUCACCUCUGGUUUUGUAAAGACCUCGCGGCGUGCAAAUCCUCUCGCUACCCUAACAUAAACUCGCCUCUGCUGCAACCGAUACCAGUUUUUCGAAACCUGUUCUUUCAAUUUUGUUAAUAAUGGUAAUUGAACUUAGUGGAGUACAAUUUGGGCGGAAAUCAUAAGCGUGAUUUCAAAAUCGAACGAGCGCGCAGCGCGGGUUUGAUUUGAAAUCACAAGUAUGAUUUCAGACCAAAAUUGCACGACACAAGGUUCAAUUACCACUUUAUUACAUCCAUUUUGAAAUCGCCCAAACACAAUACUUGGUCAGUUCAAAUAUUUUAUUGAUGCAGUACUGAGCCAGUCUGAAACUAAAUUCAUCCAUUUUUGGAGGGGAAAAGUAAGAGUUUUGGAAACAAAAGUUGAAAAAUUUGCCACAUGACACUCUCUGUCUUUCAGUUUCCAGAGAUUUGAUCAGUUACUUUAAACGAGCCUUAAAAUCUGAUUGGUUGUUUUGUUUUUUGUGUAACCUCCACAUUGGCUGGGAAAAAGAUGCGAUUGAAAGGAAAAAUUGGUGCCAUUUGUGAAUAAAUUGCAUCAAUUAGAGCCAAUCAGAUUACAGGGACCACCAGUGAUUUCAAAAUGGGUGUAAUAGAUACUGAAAGCUGAUGCCCUCGAGCACGGAUUUUAGUAUUUACAUAAAGAGGACAAAAACUGAAUUUUAGUUUAUUCAUUGCAUCUUUGCGCGCCUUUGUGCAAAUCUUCCCUUUCCACAUUAUAUAUAAUUUAAUUCAUGAAGAAUCUUAUGUUAUUUUGUUUUGAUGCCAGUUUCCGAGUCAGGUAGCCUCAGUGAUCAACUCGCCGUUCCUGCAGCACGUUUUGAGCUGUAAUCCAGACUUUGUCGUGUUACAAAGAUUCAACUUUUGGGUCAAUCAUACUUUGUGUGAAGGUAAUUUGACAAAGUACUUGUAAAACUACACGAAAGAAGUAUGAUACAAAAAAAUUAUUAUCGUUCUGUUGAGAAGUAGCAGAAUUAAAAACUUAGAAGAAUUUUAAUAAAGGGCUAUCGGGGACUGUUGUGUAUGAUACCUACGCCUCAGUCACGCGCAGACAAUCGGCUCGUGCCCUGAAAAAGCACCGGAGAGACUUAAGCCUUGGGACUGACUUCAUUGCUGGCUGUAGAAGGAACAUGGAAAUACAGUACCAAAGUGGAAAAUCGAAGAGUGAAAGGAUGUGAUUCAAAAUGUUUUUCUCGGCCGAAAUAGCAGUGAUGACGGAAACAAUUAGAAAAAGAUUUCUAAGAAAAGAUGAUCUGGACAGAUGUAGCCUAAUAACAUUUUUCAAAAAUGUUUACAAAUGAAAGAAGAGUCGUGAAAGCUUGAAACCGUUCUAACAGUAGCCAGUGAGAUUCCAGAAUUUGUAUAUCGCACGAGAAAUGCGUGUUUCUUAGUCAUUUUUUUUAACACUUCACCUGGCAAACUAGGAUUAGAAGUGAAUACCAAUACUUAUAUUUUGAAUAAUGAAAUUAUAUUUUCCACAGAGUUACUUAACAGUUCAACGUCAAAAUCUGAUUCUUAUACCUGGAUGUUGUUGCAGCAUUUAAACCACUUCACAGGCUUCCUCCAAGUAAGUUAUAUAAAAGAUUGAAAUUUAUAUUUUAGUUGUGAUGAUUCUGUCCUUCGACUGGAAACGGCGAUGUCUGGUUCGUUAGAUAUUUAUUGUAUAUAUUUUUUUAGAUAUUUAUCCCCCACGUUGUAGAUUUUACGGAGGCAAUGUUUUCUUUUCUCUAGGAAUCUGUCCCGGCUGUGGAGGCUUUCUUAGUUCGAUUCCUUUUUACAUGGAACGGACUGGAUUUCAGACCAUUGAUUCUUCAACUCAUAACUCAUCUUAGUAUGUGGCCGUUUCAACGUGAGUCGAACGUUCGUUGCACUGUCUGGGUAAUGUGAUCGCUUAGUUAACGUUUUCAAAUUAUUUAAUCAAUCAGGGUGAAAAGCUCACCUGCGACUAUUCCAGCGCUUUACCGCUGACAGUUGAACAUAUGUCAGAUGAUAUGGUUUCCUUCCGUUGUCACCUUGACACUCGUGCAGCCAGCUUUGUCGAAGCUUUGAGUGCUUAAGAAAUUCUUAGUUUAUGCAAUAAAGAUGUAUCUGUAAAUACUAAUUAGGAUGUUAUAUUUUCAGGUUUGAAUGAUUUAGUUCUUGAACCGCUUAGAAAACUUUUCUUUUCAUCACCAAUUUACGUGAAGGUAAGAAAUUCAGAAAGGUUUGUCGUUCCUCUUUUCUUUCUUGACUUAGUCUCUCCAGAUUAUAUUUAGAAUUAACUUGUGGUCUGUUUCUUUUUAGUGUCAAGUUAUUUAUUGCUUUACUGAACUGCUGAGAAAUUUCUUAGCGGUUGAGUUACCGCGGCAACAAGAAUUACUUCAAGAGGAGCGUUCCCAAAGAGCACGUGAUCUGGCUAAGUAGGUUUGACGUUUGAAAUCUAUGGGAGUGGCCUGAGUACUAAUGACAUUAAAACAAUCAAACCAGACGCGUUCUUAGCCAUUCUUGAGGCUGUCACGCGACGCAGCCUUGAAAGAAGAGCGUUUCGUGACAUCCUAAAGAUUGGAUGCGAAAGAGAUUACGGACAGUUGCUCGAUCAGAUUGUGCAGCCUAGUGCAUAGCUCUCUGUUUUGACCAUGGGCACAACUAAGCUGACUUAAGUGCACAAAUUAGCGGUUCAUUGGGCGCUGAUCUCUUGACCAUUUUCUAUUCUUCUCUUCAGUGUCUCGUUGUUUGUUGAAGACGAAGUUGAGGCUUUUGAUCCUCUGAAGACCAUUUAUGAUUUCAUACAGUUUGUGGAUAGGGUUUGUGUUGUGGGUUUACAGGUGAGUGAAACGACUCCAUGCGACGGUGAUUUGAGAUUGCUUUCAAACGGAACAAGCGUGAGACAAACCCAUCGCGUCACAUGCCGAACUUAAGGGUUUGCAUUCUCUUGAAACAUUUGCUUCUUCGUUUGCUUCUUUUUAAGGUCGAAAAAGACCAUGCGCUGCUGCAGCAUUGGGUUUUAAACUUCUUUGAACUGGUAAGUUGUCAGUUGGUCUGUUUAAGAAAGUGAUUAGUAUUUGUUAACCACUCAACCUUGGAAGUCGGAACAUGGUCGGGGUAGUCGACUCUUUGGCUGGCGUCGGGGGGGGGAAGGGUCAGAGCCCAAGUUCGAGUCCCGCUCUUUCCAGCAGCCGGAUGUAAAGUCUCUAACUCAACUUCUCGAACACCGAUCGUAUUUUGUUAACCUUGUUUCAUUUUUUCAGGUUUCAACUUCCCAUCAACAGUUUUCUUUGCCAUUUGUCCUUAUUCCUUCCUCUGGGAUCAUCUACAGAAUGUUGUUUUCUAGCAAUUCCAUGGCUUUGUCAAGAUUGUGUCAAAUCAUUGUCAAGUAAGAGUAAAUAUUUGCCAAUGUAGUCUCUUUAACGAUUAUCUUCACCUCGUCCAUUUCAUUACUUUGUGUGGAAAGUUUUACUGAUAAACAUCCAACUUCAUGGCUGUGUUCACGCUGAACACACUUCUAACUAACUUUAUUAGCAUCUAUGAAAGGAUAUUUUGUGGCUCAAUCGUCCUCUGAGUGCAACAUUAUUCUCAGAGUAUAUUCAAGCAAAUGCUUAGGAAAAAAAACUUGACGUUUGGAAAUCCAGGGAUUGCAAUUUUCACAUAAAUUCACUGAUUUAUUGACACUUAAACCUUUCAGCUUCAAGAAGGAGUUUGAAUCUUUGAAGAUAACACAAGGAGAGUCUCAGGUAAUGGAAGGAAAUUAAAAGUUAAUCACGAUGAUGCUUAGCUUGCAGACUAUGCCACAAUACUCCUAUUUGUCUUCAAAAUUGUGGAAAAGCGUUAUCUCAGAUUAAAUUCCUUCUUAUUUUUGUCUCUCAGGUUUCUCCUUUAGGAUUCCCCGAUGGAUUUCAAAGCAUCCAGAGAUUUAACCAGUAUAUCUUAGAUAUCUGUGACAGUUUGUGGAGAAACAAAGCUUUUAUAGACAGAGACAAAUCAUUUUGUUUCAGCAUGCCAAGGUAAAGUUGUAACAUCCCACACUCGCUGAAUAUCUUACCACUACUGACAUACAUAGGACGAUUUUCGUACGCGAAAGAAGGAGACAUUUCGUUCACGCGCAGAGAUAGUGAGGCGUUAUAUAGUUUUGUAGUCUCGUUCCCCUAUGCAAACGUACGUUUGGGAAUUUGGAUUUGGAUUUGAACAUAACCUCCUGUAACCCUUCCGUUGGCCAAUGGGUAACGAUAGCAUCGGCGACGAAUUAGAUAAACUGAACCUUUUGUUAAUUUUCUAGUAAUGCUUUAAAAGGCACCUUUGAUAAACAAGUCAUUCAUUAGCAUAGGAGAUCAGUCUUUACACGGGAUUAAUUAACGGUGAACUAGAGAUUUGAAUGGUUAGUUUUGAGGAUUCAUUAUGUACCCUGGGAUGAUCGACCAUAAUUUGUUUUCUCAUCAGCUCGGUGACAGACUCCCUCGAUGUGCGUCAUAUGAACGAGUUGUUCUCAAUCCACCAUCAUAUAUCUUUGGCAGGGGAGGCCUGGAAAUUUCUUCAUCAGGUUAGCUUGCUGGAAAUGAGUCGUUUUCUUAAACGUAGAAGUUAUAUACAGCAUGAUAGAAAUCACAAAAUAAAAGUGUGGUAAAAUAGAAAAAACACUAAAAAUGAUGAGAAUAAAUUAAUUAAUUAAUUACAAGGAAGAUAAAAGAUGGAGAAGUGAACACUGAACUUGAAAUAUUGAGACUAACUUCUUCGAGAUUGACCAUUCGCCACUUGAUUUCUCCGAUACAGAAUAAUGGUGAUACCAAACGCAACAGAAGGGCACCAACAUCUGAUUUUUUUAUCCACGAUAAACAUUUUCCUCUCCAUAGUAGCUUUCCUCAGCAAUAUUAAAAUCAUUAUUGCCCUCAGAAAGGAAACCUCUCUUCAUCUGCCAUCGUUGUUUGGCAAAAACUGAUCUUUACGUAGGUCUUGUUGGCCAGCUACUGGCUGUUACAGUUUGGAUGUCAAUCCUUGUUCACGGAAUGCUUGAUUCGAGGAGUGUUCAUCAGUACGUAGAUACCGCAAGUUUUGUGACAAGCAUUUUGCUGUGUGCAAUGUCGGCUCUGUUAACUUUAAGUGCCAUAGGAGUGAAUAGAUUUCUCGCCUUGACUUUGUGGCUGAGAUACAGACAAAUUGCGACCUUGAAGCGAACAUACCGGCGCGGAUGCUUAAAUCUCAAGCAGACAUUUCGGCAUCGUUUUAACAUUACCUUCUGUAUGCUUCCUUCCAGACUCAGCCGACCGGGAUGAAGCUCACGCCAAGUCUUAUCAAGGUAAAUUUUGCAGUUGUCAGUGACGUGUUUCGUUCGUUCUCUUGUUGGAUGCAAUUUAUUUUUAUUCCAUAUCGUUUUUGUCAAAAGCGUUAUUAGCUAUCGCGCAAUUUAAAAGACCUUUUUAUUAAGGCAUUGAUUCCAAAAUUUUCACGUCUCACGAGGUAAACUUAAUGAUUUUAUAAAAUCAACAACUCAUAUAAUUUCUAUUUUCUGGCACUCAGUCUCCAAUAUAUUUUUGACAAAAUUGGAAAGGUUUAUUUGUCAAAAAAGUGACGGGUUUUUUGUGGGUGGCAGACUGAAGAACUUUUAAACUUGUUUGGGAAAAAAAACCGCGAAAAAAAAUUCUCUAGACUUGCCUCAUGAGGUUGGUUACUUUCCCCGAACUUUGAGCAUCACAACCCUUUUAUUUCCAUAGGGACGCUCUAGACGUGCUUACAUGGAGUUUUUGAGGCAGAGAAGCUUUGGUGGGAUUCUGGUAUUUUUGAAAACAUUUAUUAGACCACGUUCAUGAUAUCAGCUCGCAGAGUGACGACGGUAGUGAAGACUACAAAUACUCCAGUUUCAACGGCCCUUUUAAAAGCUGCGUGACUUCAAACAGAAACAGAAGCCAAAGAGAGUUCACAAUUACAUCGAAGGAGAGUUUUUCUUUACUCUUUUACUCCUGACAUAUCUUCUUUGAGUAUUGUUGAGAAAACGAUUUGAAACUAUAUAAGAGGUGACAGACGUCAAACAUGAAAUAGAAGUGUUUUGGAACCGGAAUAAGCCUUAUGAGUCUUCAUGAAGGACUAUAUACCGCAGCUUAUGUGCCUUACAAGUUUAAAUAUUCAUGAUUGCGCCUAUUAUCAUGUAAUGUAUUUUUAAGAACAAAAACGUUCGAGGUAAUACACACUGCCAAGUCUGCCUAUGAGACAUUGUGAAAAAAAGUUUUAUUGUUCAUUAUUUUUGGAUUCUUAUACCUCUCAUAAUUGUAUUUAACUGUACCGAUAUCAGCAUCUUGUAAACUAGGUAUGGCUAAUCUUUAACAAUAACAAACAAGCAAACUGAUCAUUGAAAAUGUGCUAUUCAAGGUUCCGAAGGAUGUCUAAUUUCAGAUUUCAAACAGGCCAAAACCAUAAAAUGUUCAAUUGAUCAGACCAUCUCCAAACUUUUCAUUGCAAUUUGC